AUGUUCUAUAAAGCCAUCGUGAAGGGGAAGAGACCCCUUCAGGCGGCGUCUCAUGCUAUCACGUCUACUGCGAACAGCUCUUCUGCCCUUUUUUCACGCGUCUUUGUGAAGCGUAGAAUUAGUCUAUCGGGAACUGUGCGUACACUCAAGCAGGGUGCAUUGAGACGAUCGCUUUCGACUAGAAGCAGCAUUCCUCCAGAGACUACACCACCGCCAUUGCCAAGCUCGCAUGGCGUUCCGCUCUACAGACGUAUUAUGUUGGCGUGGACGAAAACUCCAACAAAAUGGUACCCGCUUCCCUUGGCCGUUGGGGCCAUCCUCCUCGUCGUCAUCCAAUACCGCAAGAAAGUAGCACGUGCAGAGAAUGAGGUUCAUGUUGAUGAUGAAGGUCGUGAGAUCAUCAAACUCAAAGGUCCAUGGCAUGUCCACGUAAUAGGCGCUCUUCCUCUCCGAAACAUGUCGCGCAUCUGGGGUUACAUGAACUCACUCGAGCUGCCAGUUUGGAUACGGCCCUACGGCUUCCGGCUCUAUGCAUACGUUUUUGGUUGCAACCUUGAGGAAAUUGACCCUGAUGAUCUAACGCAAUAUGCCAGCCUUGGUCAGUUUUUCUACCGGAAGCUCAAACCUGUCCCGCCGACGGCACCGGUUUUACAUCUCGGAACUAUCGAGAAUCUUCGAGUGGAGCAAGUCAAGGGAAUCACCUACUCAUUGGAUGCUCUCCUCGGUGUGGAUCGUUCAGAUCCAGAAAGCCCAACUUCGACGGUAAUCGAAUUCCCAGACCGAGAAAUGUCUCACGUGACAGACCAAGAAUUUGCUAAUGUGAAUGGCAUCGAGUAUAGCUUAGGACAACUCUUGGGUGCAUCCACACCUUCCACUCCGGGUUCCGUGACACCUCCAACCCCCAGAACUCAGUCCGCCUCUGAGGUAGAAUCAUCUUCCAUGCCGAAGAAAUUUGGCGAGCAGAUUGACGCGUCUGUGGAGCAUUCAGGGUCCCUCCAAGAAACUAUCGCGCAUGAUGCCUCCGUCGCUCGCGAAAUGGGCCUCAGACCUUCGAUUGAGCGAAAGAGAAGCACUUCGGGGACAAGCGUUAAAGAAGGCAAUGCACUUUACUUCACUGUCAUCUACCUCGCUCCGGGCGAUUAUCACCGGUUCCACAGCCCCACCGCUUGGGUAGUGGAGAAACGGCGCCACUUCGUUGGUGAACUCUUCUCCGUUUCCCCGUGGAUGGCAAAGCGGUUGCAAAACCUCUUCGUCCUGAAUGAGAGAGUCACCCUUCUCGGUCGGUGGAAAUUCGGUUUCUUUGGAAUGAUCCCCGUUGGCGCCACUAACGUAGGCAGCAUCAAGAUUAACUUUGACACCGCUCUUCGCACCAACGUCCGAGGCAGACCCCCUCCUCCCGGAACUUAUAACGAGGCCGUCUACUCAGCAGCGUCCCCGAUCCUCAACGGCCAACCGUUGACCGCCGGUGAAGAGAUGGGCGGAUUCUGCUUGGGAAGCACCAUCGUGUUGGUUUUCGAAGCCCCAAAGACGUUCGAGUUCACGCUUAAAGCUGGGCAGAAAGUCAAGGUUGGAAACCGCAUCGGUGGCAUGCCCAAUGAUUCUGUGGCGGUUCGCAAAGUGAAGAUCGACUAG